AUGUUCUGGAAACGCUCAAAGACGGACAAGCAGCAGCAGCAGCAGCAGUCUGCGGCUCCAUCUCCUCCAAGGCAGUCCGGCCUGUCUUCCGCCCCUGAGUCAUACAGUCGACCAAUCUCUCACUCAGGAACGCAGACGCCAGUUGGAAUUGACGAUGAUGCAAAAUAUAAAGCUAUAAUCAAAUAUCUGCAUGCAAGGCUUGCUACUAGCAAAUGGUGCCCUCCCCCAUCAGAUCCCAACAGUGAAUACCAUGGACUUCUACUUCGAAAAUCCCGGGGCGUCUACAUCUCCGAGCCGGAUCUGGUCCAUCCGUUACUGCUCGGCGCAGUACAGAAGAUCAAUGUUGCCGUCGCCUUUACCAUGGCCACAGAGAUCACCAGGAUCAUCUUCUCCAUCCUGCAGACAGAUCAAACCGAAUUGAUUCUCCCUAGCGGGUUCCAGGUCCAAGUGGUCGAAUCUCUAGCAGAGAUCGCUUGCUCCCCAUCAAGCGCAAUCAAGAAAUUCCAAUACGUGGCCUUGGUCAGGGAAGAGAGACUCCUGUUGAUCUGGCAUGAUGAGCUAGAAAAGAUCCUCAUCCAUGCUGAGGACGUCGAAGAGAAGCUCCUUGCAUUCAUCUGCGGAACGCGCAUCUCCGUUAUUGCUCCCUCGCAAUCACCCAGCUACUCUCUUCCACACUCCAGUAUCGGGUCCCCAGCUGCCUCAACCCGCAACUUUGUGCCCCUUUGGAACAAAGAGGCCAGUGGGCUGGCAAAUUCCCCCCUGGGUAUUCCAGACGAGGAAGCAGCGAAACCGAUAGAGUCCCUGGACCGGCCUCUGGCCUUGACAAGCUCCAUAUUCGUAGGCCUUGGGAUGUGUCUGAUUGUAGUUCUCCUUGUGGGAUUCGGUAUCUCGAACCUCAUGCUGCAAUCUCUUGUUGACGGGUCCUGGCUUAGAUUCACAUUGGUGGCCUCCCUGCCGAUAUUCAUGCUUUUCAGCGUCUUCUUCGUCAUACUGCUAUAUCUUACUACGAAUCCCACGGAGCAUAGAAUAGGGACUGCCACAAUCUUUGUCAAUGAUGACGGCCUCGCAUAUCUCACCGAGGAGCAGCGAGAAGAACGUAUCAGUUUUUACCAUGACAACAACAUUGGAUGGGUCUCGCGGCCAAAGAACAACCAAGACGGAUAUAUCCGGAAGGGCAGGUUUAAGAAGGCUUCCAACAUGAAUUUUGCACUCAACGUCUCAAAUAAGGUGGAAGACAAGUUGCUGGAGAUGCUAGCAGAGACUCUGGAAACAACCGAAAUGAUAGAUGCAUCUCAGGAAGAGGCCUAUUACAAGCUGGCCCUGCAAGAGGUUCUCGGCUCUGAUAGCCGGAUCAAGGCCGCUGGAGAUAUACGAAUUGGAGAAGCAAUUCUUAUUGUCGACGCUGACACUCGAGUUCCGGUCGAUUGUUUACUCUAUGGGGCAGCUGAAAUGUUCUUAAGCCCUGAAGUCGCCAUCAUCCAGCAUUCAACAGGUGUCAUGCAAGUGGUUGGCGAUUAUUUUGAGAACGGAAUCACAUUUUUCACCAACCUUAUUUACUCUUCCAUCCGGUUUGCUGUUGGCAGCGGUGAAACAGCGCCGUUCGUCGGCCACAAUGCAUUCCUUCGCUGGAAAGCUGUUCAAUCAGUAGGGAAACCGGACGAUGGUUAUGUAGCCUACUGGUCUGAGAGUCAUGUGUCAGAAGAUUUCGACAUUGCACUUCGGCUUCAGAUUGCUGGUGAUAUCGUUCGUCUGGCAAGCUACCAUGGGGAUGAGUUCAAGGAGGGUGUAUCCCUAACGAUCUACGACGAGCUGGCAAGAUGGGAAAAAUACGCAUAUGGAUGCAACGAAUUAGUGUUUAACCCGAUCUAUACCUGGAUAUAUAAGGGGCCCUUUACGAAGCUCUUCAUGACAUUCCUCUGGUGCAACAUGCAGCUUUCAUCCAAGAUUACCAUCCUAGGGUAUAUCUCUUCCUACUACGCCCUCGCCUCUGGAUUCCCACUCACUAUCCUCAAUUACUUUUUGGUAGGCUGGUUCAAUGGCUACCUGGACAAAUUUUAUAUCGAGUCUUGGAAAGUACUUCUAAGUCUUAUUGUUGUGUUCUCUCUUCUCGGCAACGUAACCCUUGCCAUAAUACGAUCGCGCCUGUCAGAAAAAAGCCUGUGGUCCGCCCUCGUCGAGAACUUCAAAUGGAUGCCCAUGAUGGCUAUAUUCUUUGGAGGCGUCUCUUUCCACCUCAGCUUAGCACUCCUGUCCCAUAUGUUCUCUAUCAAGAUGGAAUGGGGUGCCACGGCAAAGGAGAAAGUCGACUCUAACUUCUUCAAGGAAAUACCCAAGAUAUUCAAGAGCUUCAAGUGGAUGUAUGCUGUUUUGAUCCCCUUGAUUGGCGGGAUGAUAUAUCUUGGAAAUUUUGCGCCGCGAGGCUGGGAGAUCAAAGAGGUUGCCGCUGUCGUCCCUAUGGCCGUGACCCUGUCUCUCCAUGCUCUCCUCCCCUUGCUUCUCAACCCUUCGCUCAUGAUUUUCAACUACUAAUUUCUGUUUCACGAAUUCAGCUUUUUCAAAACCUACGGUGUUUAGAGGUGCAUCAUUUCAUGUUGGUCUUCUUCUUGGUCUUUUUUCUUUUCUUUCCCUUUUUUUCCCCUCUUGUAAUUACACAAUAUCUUAUGACUGAGAACCGUUGGCGGCCAUUUGGCCAUCCCUCAUUAGAUAGACAUGCUUUACUCUAGCAUUAACACAGCGUUGCAUCAUCAUUAUUUCUGUGUCUCAAGUUGUUUUCCAAUGAUAGAUCGUGCGAGAUUUAACGAAAUAUAAAAUAAAAAAAUAACGCCUGGGAAGCUUGCCCAGAGAAUAACCAUGGCUAGAUUACACUCACCAUCC